CCCAGCACAGCACAAAUGUGAAACUUAACCACCAACGUCUGCUUUCAACUCCUGUAUGCUGAGCACUUGGCUGUUAACUUCACAUAAUUACAGACGGCUGAGUCCAAUGACUGACAUGUUUCAUGAUACUGGAACUGAAGAUAGGGUUGUUUUAGUAGAGUCUGAGGAGAGGGACGAUGAACUUCAAACUGAGCUCAGACCAGUGAGAAUGAAACCUCCAGCUUAUGUUCCAAUGCAGGUGAGGACCUAUGAUGGGCCCUCUGGACAGCCUGGAGGAUCUGUAUUGGUUCAGCACACCACUGUGAACGUCAUCACUGAGCCUCCAAAGGACCAUUUUAUCUGGUCCCUCCUCUGCUUUGCCUACUUAAACCCUUGUUGUUUUGGACUUGCAGCUCUCAUUUAUUCUAUCAAGGCCAGAGACCGGAAGGUGGCCGGAGAUCUGGAGGGUGCACGACGUCAUGGGUUCAUUGCCCGUGGGCUUAACAUUGCUGCCACAGUCCUUUUUGUCAUUGUACUUGUGAUUUUCAUUAUUAUAAUCAGUGCUUUGUUUGCAAAUGCAUCUGCUUAUGCUCACAGAGAACCAUACUAUUAUCAUUUUAACAGAGAUUAAGUUGCUUGCUGCUGUGACUUGUUAUUAAGCCUCAUAUUCGGUGCAAGAAAAACAUAGCUUCAGACCCACUGUUUAAUUUAAAAACUAAAGGUGUGCUCCAAUAGUUCAUUUUGCUUAGUCUCUCAGUUAGGAACCGUGGCGGUAGUAAUAAAAGCUGUUCCAAUUAUCCAAUUACUUAGCAAAGGUGCUUCGGUGCUUCCUUUAUUGCUUCCUUUAGCAUAGGAUACACAGAGCAUCCUUUAUGAAAAGGAUGAAGAAAAAGGUGUCCCAUAAUUCAUUGCAACAGACCAUCCGGCUGUUCAUGAAAACAAUGGACAUAAUAAACAAAGUUGCGCAGAUCAUGUGAAUGUUCGUUGUAACAUUUUUCUUUUCAUUUCAUGACCUCCUGGUAUAUUUCUGCGUUUUUAAUAACUGUUUGUUAAAAAACUACUUGCUGUUGAGUUGCUUUACAUGAAGACUGCAGUAUGCUAUGUAAGCUCAAGAUUUUGAUCUACACUGACUGAUCAAAGUGUGCUUAAACUUCUCUGUAAUCGCUGUUCUUUAGUAAAAUCUUUUUUUUGUACUGCA